AUGGAUGAAAGUCAGUUAACUGAGGGGCCAACCACUGAUUCAGAAGGCAACAAUCGCCCAGCUGAUAAUGAGUGUGAGGUGAAAGAUGAAGAUGAAGCUGAAUAUGAAUCCGAACUCGAAGAGGAAGAAGAUGUCACGGAGAAUGAGUUCGAUGAUCCUCAGCAAAGCUAUGGAAACGAUUUCGAAGAAGAAAUACUAGAAGAGAGCCCCGAGUUCGUCAACAACUUUGAAUCUGAAGGGUUUGAAGGAGGCUACGAAGAAGAAGACUACGAAGAAGAAGACUACGAAGAAGAAGGCUACGAAGAAAAAGACUACGAAGAAGAAGGCUACGAAGAAAAAGACUACGAAGAAGAAGACUACGAAGAAGAAGACUACAAAGAAGAAGACUACAAAGAAGAAGACUACAAAGAAGAAGACUACAAAGAAGAAGAAGAAGGAGCAGGGGAAAUUGAAGAAUUUGGAGACAACGCGGUCGAAGAAGAGAUGCAAGAAAAUGGUUAUGAUGCAGAGAUGGCUUACGAGGAGCAUUACGACUACGAUGAUCCUUAUGGCUUUGAUGGCGACGAUGAAUCGCAAGACGGAUAUGAAACGGAAGUCGAAACCGAUUCGCAAAAUUAUCCGACGCAGGAAAGCGGUUCUGAAGAAGAUGAUGAAGAAGAGGAAGACGAAAUUGACGAGGAGGAUGUUUCUUCCGAGAGCUGUGAGGACAUUUUCGGUGGCGAUGACAUUGAUUACAACAUUGAAGAUGGAGAAACUACCAGUGAAGAUUCGGAAGCCGAAGAAUCAAAUGUGGACAUGAACUAUUUUUCUGACGACAGCAUUGACACUGAAGUGUCCAAUUCGAAAUUGGAAAUUCAUCCGGAUGAUUUUGCGGAGAAUUCUGUAACUCGAGAGACGAAUGACACCGGCGACAAAGAGCUUAAGCCUCAAGAAGACUUAGUCGAUGGUUUUUUCGAUGGAAGCGAUUUCGAUUGGGACGGCGAUGAAGACGAGGAAGACGAAUUCGACAUCCCGAAUGAAGAGCUCGAACGAGCCAUUUUCAUUCAAAAUGCUCAGGAGGCAGUAGAACAGAGCAAAGAAAAAAGUGGCGCAGAAGAUAGUGGAGCGGAAGAGGACGGAGAAACUGGAUCUGAAGAUUCUGAAGGCAUGACCGAAGACGACGAAGAAUCUGAAGAAACAGAGUCUGACGAACAAAUUCAACCGGAGGAAGUCUUGGAGUUAAACCCAGACAACGAGAAUAUCGCCCAAGGUGAUGAAGAGAAUGGAGAUGCAGAGGCUGACUCCGACGCGAACCAAGCUCUUAUUUCUGAGGACCUGCCAGAAAAUAACAUGCACUACUUCGUGGACGCUGAGGACGAGGAAGACCUCUUUGGUAUAUUUUAUUUUUGACUUUCAUGGCAAUUUUCAUUAUUUUAGGUUUAUAUUUGGACGACCGGCCUCUGUCUCCGGAGUCAGAAUUGUAUCGAUCUAAGAUGGUCUUUCUUCAAGAAAAAUAUGAGACGGUGCAACUCUACACACUGCAACUCAAAAAUCGCCUUUACUCAAUAAAAAAAGUUUACUGAGCUUUCUUGAAAAAAUAUGAUUUGAAUUACAGGAAGUUUCCCAUUUCAAGCGUUUGAAACGCGUACUGGUCAAUCGUCUUAGCUUUUAUGGCGACCGUUUGUCGAAUAUUUCUCUCGAGAUUCCCCCAGAAGCAGAUGACAGCGUCCUCAAGCCAUCCUCAAACGAACAACAGAAUUCUCCACUUAUGGUUCGCUCACAUCUGAUGCUCAAACCGAAAACAUUUGUUCAGGAAGAGCCAGAAGAGGUCGAGAGAAGGUCGGAAUCACCGGAGAUUGAUUUGAAUUUCCAGGACGAGGAAUUCACCGAGCCUUACUAUGAAAAAGAGACGCCCGCAGUCACGGGUAACACAUUUUUUUGUGUAGAUUUGAAGCUUUCGGAGAUUUAUAUGCUCGCUUUCUGGUUUUUGUAAGAAUGAAUAGACUUUAAAAAAAAAUUCUCACCAGUAAAAUUAACCGAGAUAUCGUUUUAUAUUUACAGGAAAACGUAAACGAAGGCGAAAAAUAUCCAAAUCUGCCCUCUCAAAAAAACGCCACGUUUCUUUGGACUCUAGCGAUGAAGAAAUUGAUUUAUAAACCGUUUUUUUUUUCCUUUGCGCUUUGGAUAUUGAUCUUUAUCGCUUAUUCAUCAUCGGGUUCAUCUCCAAAGUCUUUUUUUCUCGGAGUUUAUAAACUUUGAAGAAGUUGAAAUUGGUUUCAUAUCUUUUUUGCUUCAAAUUUUUUGAAUAUUUUUUGUCUUUUUUCUGUUUGAGUUUGGACGUGCUUUUUUUUUGUUGUUUUGCAAGAUGGCUUGCUUAAAAAGUAUUUUUAUUCAAUUAAAAUUUUUUUCCGAGCUGCAUUCAAUGAAGUGUUUUUGCUUUUUCAUUUUCACCUCCUAUAUAAUUCAUUGGAUUUCCCAAAGAGUUUUACAUCACAAGAAAUUUUUCCGUUUUUUUAAUGGAAUAAGUCGCUCAGAAAUGGACAAUGUCGAGAAGAAAGCUCUCGAACUUUCUAUGCAGGACUGGGACGGCUCCCACGGGUUCGUCGUUGAGAAGGUGCUCGGUGCGUUUAUAAAUAAUUGGAACGUUGAAACUAUAUUUUUUUAAAAUUUUACUGGCUUUAAACAUAUUUUCAGACGUUUGUCAAAGAAACGCAACGGAAGUAUUUCUUGCGCGUCGAACUGGGAGCAAUGACCAAUGGUUCGCGUUGAAGGUUUACAACAUUGACCAGAAUCUUGAGGCGCUUGAGGUUUUCUCGUCAAAAAAAAAACAACUCAUGGGAAAUUUGCAGAAGGAAGUGAAGAUGUUGAGACACGUCCGCCAUCGCAAUAUAGUGGAGUUGCUUGACACGACGAUUUACGACAACGAAAUUGCUCUUUCAAUGAAAUGCGCACUUUUAGGCAAGUUUUUUUUAAUGAUAAUGUUCAUAAAUUUCAUAGUAUACUUCUUCAGGUACUUUGCGAGACAUUCAGGCGGAAAAUUUUCCGCUUGGCAUUUCUGAAAAAUUAGCUGGAGGCAUUUUGUGUCAACUUCUUGACGCGCUCAUCUAUCUGCAAGAGCAAAACGUCGUUCACAGGUUAGAAUGAUUGUUGGCGUUCUACUGAAAGUCGGUUCAGGUCGGUGCAGCCGAAACACGUGCUGAUGGAGCGCGGCGGACGAGUCAGACUCUCGGGCCUUCGACAUGCCAUCGCUUUGCAACCAAACACUCGCGCCACGGACUUUGACGAUCACCUCGUCGAGUCAAUCUACUAUUUAGCCCCUGAAGUUUUAGCUCAGGUCAAACGGGAGCCACCAUUUUUUUUUUCUCCUUUUAAAAAGAAUUUUCAAGGAUUUUUUUUUUGGUUUUUAAAUUGUUUAGCUGAACAAAUAAAAGCAUAAAAACAAUAAACAAUCUUAUUUUUCCUUCAUUCUUCCUUGAUUGCGUUUGACCUCAAGUUUCUCGCCAAAAGGCCGCGUCUUGUACGCAACGCAUAACGCUUGCCAAAUUACCCACCUCGCCUUUCAAGUCGGGAAAAAUUGACUGUAGCUCCGUGCGAAUUCUAAUAAGUCUCGUUUGAAACUUUGGUAUCUAAUGAAACUUUGACUUUUGAGGACAUCCGAGGCUACUCCACACAGUCUGACGUCUACUCUCUGGGGAUGACGCUCUGCGAUGUCUCCAACGGCAUUUCGCCUUUCUCCGAGAUGAUUCCACUCCAGAUGCUGCGAAACAAAAUGUUUGGAAGCACAGCGAAACUAAUUGAUAGAACGUUACUUGAGGGCAGUUCUCCGGAAGAGUUAGGUUCGUCCUCCAUUUAUCGUCGUGCGUUAGGUCGCAGUUCAGAGAUGAUCCCUCAGCAACAUCGCGAACGACUCUUCAAUCCGCAGCUUCAUGAAAUCGUUGCUGCCUGCUUCACUUAUCAGCCCGAAUACAGGCGAGCAGAUCUUUCUAUGUUGAAGGUUCCGAAGAAAAAUUGAAAAACUCCUAGGAAGAUCCGGGGAAUGUGCCUUUUCUUUGAGUUUAGACUUCGGUCUGUGGAAAAAACAAGUUGAUUCUUUAGAAAUUCACAUCAAAGACUGUCUGAGUAGAUUUACCUAAUGUCUAUCGCAAAAAUUGAAAUGAUUUCCCGUUUCAGAUGAAAAUCUAGUUCAAAUAUAGCUUCAUAUUAACUGUUAUUGAACACCGAAGACACAAAACAAAAGGCAAACAUUUUAGACCUACACCGAGAAAGCUGCGUUCCAACACAUGGCUGAUGUCUUUCAGAGAUCCAGAAGGAACUGUGGCUCGAGAACUGACCGACGUCGACGAACUGCCGACAAGAACUCCUCUUCGCGGUUUGUCACAAAUUUGCUUCCAGCAGCAACAUUUUUACUUUCCGCUCAUUAGAUUUUUUCUCCGUUCUAAUGCAUUUAUUUGUUAGUGUUUCUCUUUCAAUUCAAGUUUCACAGAAGCCGUCGCGCAGAAGCCACAAUCAGGAACAUCGGAAAACAGUUGGAGUUGGUGA